AUGGAGUUCCCCUUCGAUGUGGACGCGCUGCUCCCGGAGCGGAUCACAGUGCUGGACCAGCACCUGCGGCCCCCGUCCCGCCGACCCAGCGCCGCGAUGCCAGCCCGCGUUGAUGUACAGCAGCAAAUUAUGACCAUUGUAGAUGAACUGGGCAAGGCUUCUGCCAAGGCCCAGCAUCUCCCUGCACCCAUCACCAGUGCAUCACGGAUGCAGAGUAACCGCCAUGUCAUGUAUGUGCUCAAAGACACCUCUGCUCGACCGGCUGGAAAAGGAGCUAUUAUUGGUUUCCUCAAAGUUGGAUACAAGAAACUGUUUGUACUGGAUGAUCGUGAGGCUCACAAUGAGGUGGAACCACUUUGUAUCCUGGACUUUUACAUCCAUGAAUCACUUCAACGCCAUGGCCAUGGGCGAGAACUCUUCCAGUAUAUGUUGCAGAAGGAGCGAGUUGAACCACACCAACUGGCCAUUGACCGACCCUCACAGAAGCUGCUGAAGUUCCUAAAUAAACACUACAACCUGGAGACCACAGUCCCACAGGUGAACAACUUUGUGAUCUUUGAAGGCUUCUUUGCCCAUCAGCAUCGGGCCCCUGAUCCCUCUCUGAGGGCAUCUCGACAAUCCCGUGCUGCUGUGGUCGAUCCUACGCCUGCUGCUCCAGCAAGGAAGCUACCACCCAAGAGAGCGGAGGGAGACAUUAAGCCAUACUCCUCAAGUGACCGAGAAUUUCUGAAGGUAGCUGUUGAGCCUCCUUGGCCCCUAAAUAGGGCCCCUCGCCGAGCUACACCUCCAGUACACCCACCUCCCCGCUCCAGCAGCCUGGGAAACUCACCAGAACGGGGUCCCCUCCGCCCCUUUGUGCCAGAGCAGGAGCUGUUGCGUUCCCUGCGCCUCUGCCCCCCACACCCUACUGCUCGCCUUCUGCUGGCUACGGACCCUGCAGGUAGUCCGGCCCAGCGUCGGCGCACCAGCUCCCUUCCCCGCUCUGAUGAGAGCCGAUACUGACAGACAGCUAACCCCUUCCUUCCCCAAGAACCCAGACCGCUCCAGUGCGUCCUCCAGGAGCCGGUGGAACCUGACAGAGCCCAUAGGAUUCCCUCUUCCCCUUUCUUGGACAACUGGGUUGUCAAGGUCCCAGGUGGCCUAAUACUUUGUAGCUUUUCUUGCCAUAGAAAGCACCCCCUCUGGUAGCUUGGUCUCUGAACACUCCCAGACAGCCUGGAUUGCUGCCAGGCUCACUGGUCAUGCGGCUCACACUCAUUCUCCAGAGAAGCACACUCUGGCUUGCUGUCAGACUCUAGAACACCACGGAAGGUCCAAAGGCCUCCACUGCCAGGGAUACCUUUUAAGGAAUCUUGUCCAUGGGAUAAAUCCCAUAUAUCACUCUGUAGUGUCUACCGGUGGCCCUAAUACUGCUUUGUGCUAUUACUUACCUUUAGGCCUGCUGAUGACAGCCAAUGACUGCUUCAGAGCAGUCCAGUUAGGUAGGACAGGGACUUACAGCUUCUUAAAGAGAUCCGCUCAACAUUGCUCAGAUCUUCAUUACAGCAGGUUUUGUGUGUCAGGGAACCCCUGAGCCCAUGUCUACUUUGGGACUCUAAAGACUCGCCACACUUCUAAAAACACCACUACUUCUCCCAGACCCAGAUUCUGUGAGGGACUUUGUUCCUGGGCAGUAGAUCACAGCAAGCACCCUGGGAUCACUCUUCGCCAUGAUUCAGAACAUAAGCCUGAGUCUCAAGGACCUGUUAGCUCCCAGAUCCGUCCCUCCCCAGUAGCCAAAUGCCAAUAUACUCCUGUCUUGUGAGAUUGUCUUGAUGAUGGGGAACUCAUCUCUGGCCUUCCUUUCUUCCUUCCUCCACAGCAAGAACCUUUUUCCCUGCUCCAUACCUAGGGUAUAAAACACCCUUCCCCCUCCCUUCCCUCUGAAUGUGUGACAGAUAAGGUGCCCGCAUUGUGUUCCCCAGAUCCUAGGGAGCAGGAUCUCCCUUUCUCCCUACU